UUCGGUCAAGAUGCGGCAGCCGAUUCUCUUUCUCUCGUGCAUCCCUGGAACCUCAAAGACAAAGGAGAUUGGUGCUGAAACAAUAAUGCGUGAAAAGCCCGAAGGCUGAGACCCAAACGCCAUCGCACGACAACAAGCUUUCCAACGAAGCUUUGAAAAUUUUCAUGUCCAUCUUGCCCUCACAAGCUCAAGGUUCCAAAGCGUCGUCUUCCUCUCAAUCUCUCUCGGCAAACCCUACAUCCAAUCAUGGCAACCACCAAACCUCUCCUCCUCCAAUCUCUUUUGGAUCUCUCCACAUCUCUAAUCCUCCCCCUCCGUUCCCCUUCUCCAAUUCCCCCCCAGGCCCGUUGGCUACUGCACAAGGUUCAGGUGGAUCCUCCAAAGAGGUGAGUGAAGUGGAGACACCAAAUGGUAAGAGAACUUCACCACAUGAAAACAGGGGGACAAAUUCCCAAUUUAGAGGGAAAAUGUCGGUAGACAUGGUUUCUACUCGAAAUCAUCAAGGCACUGGGUCUCAAGGAAGUGCUACACAUUCGGCAGGAAGAAGAGCCCAGAUGAUGAAUGGUAAUCACUUGCUGAAUUUUCAUUAUGACCCUAUUACUCGCUCUCGUCCACAACCACGAGGACCUCCUCCAAGAAGGCAGCGGAAGAUAAAGCCUUAUAACAAAGAUUUAUUCCUUCAGGCAAAUUACAAGUUUGUUGUGUUGGAUACCGGAAGUUACAUGCCUGAAUCAAUGGAUCCAGAUAAGAUGUUACUAUGGGAGGAUAUUAUUUGUGUGAGGUUUUCCACCCCAUUUCCAGUGCAGUGUCCAAUUUGUUUGGAAUAUCCUCAAUGCCCACAAAUAACCUCAUGUGGGCAUAUUUUUUGCUUCCCAUGUAUUCUGCAAUACUUGUUAAUGGGUGAGGAGGAUCACAAAAGUGAGUGCUUUAAAAGAUGCCCUUUAUGUUUUGUAAUGGUAUCCCAGAAGGAUUUGUACACCAUCUAUAUUGAGAAUGUUGGGCAAUACCGUGUGGGAGAUGCUAUAGAGUUUAUGCUUCUCACAAGACAGAAAGAUUCAUUUGUUUUAUCUCAGAAAGAUGAAAAGGAGAUGCGUACCACACAGUUUGGUGACAAGGACAUAUAUGAUCCCUUUUCAAAGUUUACAUUUACUUCUGAUGUUGAUCUGUCAGUCAGACAAGCAAUGUCAGAUUUAGACAGCUGGUUGGCCAGAGCAGAUUCAGGGCUUGUUGAUGAUUUGGAGAAGCUUCCAUACGUUUGUGCUGCAAUGGAACAAUUAGAACAGAGGAAGAAGUAUUGGAAUGAGCACCGAGCCUCUGAUAGCAGUAAUGCCAGUAGAAACACUAUUUGUAAGGUGGAGUCCGAUGGACUUGUGUCAAUUGUGAAUGCUUCCAAGGGUAAAGGAGAUACACAUGGUUUUGGAGGGGGAACACUAUCUUCUGGGGCUGAUGAACACAAUAAGUGUCUUUGUAACUCAACAACAGACAAGGCAAACGGAGGUAGUGGUUUGAAUGGAAGUGCUGCUGUUGCUGAAUCACUAGAAGCCCAAGACACAUUUUUAUCUUCAUCAUAUGAAGAAAGCAAGAGCUUGCAAGAGCACAUAGGUGGCUUUAGAGAUGCCAAAGACAAUGACUCUUACAAUUUCUACCAGGAAGUUGAUGGGCAGCACAUCAUUCUCCACCCUUUAAAUGUGAAGUGUCUCCUACACCAUUAUGGAAGCUAUGAUUCAAUUCCACACAGAAUAAGUGGAAGGAUUUUAGAGUUGGAAACCGUCACUCAGUCAGAGGCAGUGAGGAGGCGCUAUCGAUAUUUAAGUCAUUUUUCCUUAACAACAACUUUUCAGCUUUGUGAAAUUGAUUUGAGCGGAGUUCUUCCUCCUGAUGCUCUGCUUCCAUUUAUGGAUGAAAUCAAGAAGCGUGAGAAACACAGGAAGCAGCUGGCUAGAAAGGAGCGGAAGGAGAAAAUCAAGGCUGAAGUUGCAGCUGCAGUGCAAUUUACACCCAUGAUAUCCAGUUUAGGGCGGUCCUCUUACAGUGAUUCCCCUACAUUCUCUAUGGAUGACUUUGAAGCCCUUGGAAGUUCUACUACGAUAUCAUCCAGUCCCGUGGUCAUUGGGGAGAGAAAAUUGUUCUCAAACGUUACAAGGCUUGGUUUUGCUGCUGCGCAUGAUUCUCCUUCAUUGAAAAUUGAUGAAGGAAAUACUGUGCAGAACAAUGACGUGGCAACUGAUUCCACAGGCUCAAAAAAUUCAGGCACACCUUCAUUUGCUAAUGUAAUAUCAAGAGCAAAGGCUGUUGAAAAUUUGGAGACGCCUAAGAUGAAUGAGAUGGGAAAGAAAGGAAAGAAAGCGAGUCGGGUCCUUCUGUCAACAGCUGGUGGUCGACGCUAUUGACAUUUUGGCAGGAACUCAACUUUGUUUAGCUUCAUAACCAAGAAAAAGAGAAUGACUUUUGCUUCCGUAUCAUCUUUGUGAAUUAAUAUGCAUAGUUAAGGGUGACAUUGGUAGAAUAAAAUGUUAAAACAUUUCCUAUUAUGUAAAUCCUUAGUGCAGUUCCUCUUCUUCCUUUUUUCAGUAUAACCUUGUCAUGGAUAAGGAUUAUCCAUAUUUCCUUUUCUCAAUGCUAAAUCUUUGCAAUA